UAUCUGAAAAUGGCGACUCCGACACCUUCCACCAACACGCCGCAAAAGCACCUGAUGGCGCUUUCGUCGCCUGCACCCCGCAGCGUCCCACCCAUGGCUUUCGAUUCCCCGGCUGUACUGAACAUGCUCAAUGAAGGCGGAAUUGGGAUGGGCAUCUCCAUGAGUGGAAUGGGCAUGAGUCAAUUGGGGCUCAGUCAACUGGGACGGGCCGACGAGGACGAGCGGCGGCGGCGCCUGGAGGGCAUUGUCAGCAUGCUCAAAAGUCGACCGGGACGUGUCAGUGAGGAGGGGAUCGUCGCUCUCUGCAAAAAAGAAGGAAUAGAUUUCGAGCGCGCAGUGGAGCGCGACGGUACCACAGUUCUGACUCUGGUCAUCGGGAAUGAGGCCAUGUGCGACAUCACCAUAGCAAAGGGCGACGUGACAAGCGUGAAGCUGGAGUUGGCUUCCGACGACGAUCACAUUUUUAAGGAUUCUGGAUCGCGUAUUCUCUUCAGGUCCCUGACUCCCCGGCCCGGCGCCAAUAAAAUCAAUCUCAUGCUCGAUCAGUUUGCCUUGAAUAUGGAUAAGCUCCUACGCAUGGACAAGCUGAGCGCGGAGAACGGAGGUGUACCCUGCUUCAAAGCCAUAUUUGCCAUGCACAAGAGUCUCAGGCGGUUAUUUGAGCACGAGAAAAAAAUGGCGCUCGCUCUCGUGGAGGCAAAGGAUGCGCCAGAUGCAGCAUACAAAGCGGAGCGUGAGGUCUUGUGUAAGAAGAGUGGGCGGCCGCGGCUCAACGCAGGAACAUGCCUGGGGUUGAGCUUGGAGUACUGGAUGGACCGACGACACUUGAUACGCAAGAAAGCCAAGUCGUCCCAAUCUAAUUCAACGCAGAGUGAAGAGGAGGCGGUGGACGACGAACACCCAGAAGACGCGUUUCCUUCGACCAAUAAGAUAUACUCCCUGUCCAUUGAAUGCGAGUCCUCGCCGUCCUCCAUGUACACCCCAAUCCGCAUACCAGAAUCGUGGAUCUCCGACGCAAUUGAGGCGGAAAAGGCGCCCGACGGCCCAGACGCUGUCAUCAACCACAUCCUCAAAAACACACCCACGAUAGACUGGCUCGACCCUAAACCGACCUACCUCGACUCUUCAGGCGGUGCGGGCGACCACUCGGCCCUCAAUAUCGAAAACGCCUCUGGCCGCCUCCCCAACAUCCGUUUCGUAGCCCGCUUCAACCCACCGCUCAUCGUCCCCGUAAACGUCCACAUGCAGAUUAUCAACUCGGUCGGGCUCAAUGCCCCGCAGGAUUACCAUCUUACGACGUUUGUCGGCCUCGCCAUCCGCCCCAACGACCCAGACCCUGGCUCCAGCAGCACCGCGAAUAGUAAAACCAUCGAGAUGCAACACUCGCGCCGCGUCCUCGUCGUGGACAAGUCCACAGGCAAAGAAUCGCUCCGCCACCACACAAACUCCCUAUACAGCCCUCAACUCGAUUACUCGCGUGCGCUCGAAAGCCUCCCAUUCCAACACCCACGGCAACUCGUCGAACUCCUGCCUACACUGCGCCAGUAUGCGUUCACGACGUCUCUGCUGCAGAAUGAUUUCGUAUCUCCAACGACUACUCCCACCACCUCCGACACCAAUACCGCCAACGGCACUACUCACCCAUCUUUCCCAGUGCGGGCAAAGCCCGUUACCAACAACUUACCUACCCCAUCAUCCACACCCUCCCCUUCUUCCCCUUCCACGUCUAAUAAUAAAGACAAUGAUACGACAUUGACGGCACCGUUCCAACUCGACGUUGCGGUCUCCUACGCACCACCCGCCCCCCGUCUCACAGUCACUAUCCCGCAGCGCCACUCUACCACCUCCUCUUCUUCCCCCAACAACACCAACGACGAUGAUAUACUAGCAUAUCUUCUCUCUUCCUCGUCCAAUUCUACCUCGACCCCAGCACCUCCAACAACCCCGCUUAAAAUGGUGGUAGAUGUGCUUCCAAACGGCGAGCUUGAUAUACAAGAGGAAGGACGCAGUCCCUUUGCGUCUAAUAUCAACAACAUUGAUAACGUUCAUGAAGAUGGUUCGACAAUAGCGGCAUCUAAACCACAGCAACAGCAAGGAGAAGAAGAAAAAGAAGACGAGAAAGAAGAAGGGGAAAGCGGACAAGGCAAAGCUAUGAGUCUUCCUGUGUUGGGGAAAAACCCUUCUUCUUCUACUGCUGCUGCCAAUGACAGUGAAGCAGCAGGAGCUGGAGCAGAUGCGAACAUAGACUUGGACAUGAACGGUGACGCCCCGCCGCCGCAGCCACAAUCUUCUUCUUCUCCCACUGCGCAGAAAGACGGCAAGAGGAAAGCAGAUGGAGAAGCGAGUGCGAUUCCAGACAUCACUGUUUUGAAUAAUGGUGUUGGUGGGGUCGAUGCGAAACGCCGACGCGUUGCCCGCGCUUUGGAUGUCUGUGGGGAUCUGGGGGUGUGGGCUGAGUGGUUGUUGGAGCGGUCAUGA